AUGAAAAAGAUCCAAGGGCUUCAUUUAAAAUGUCCAAUAGAAUAACAUGAGUUUUUAGAAUUAGCUUGUGUGAAUAAACUAUGUAAAGCUAAUAGAGUUUAUUGUCAUUAAUGUCUUAAAAAUGGAGAUCAUGUUGCUCAUCAAAAGGAUUAAAAGAAUUUAAUUGAAUUAAUUGAAUUUUUUCAUAAAAUUGAACAAGAAAGUGAAAAUUUAAUAUCAAAAUUGUGUUCGAUGGUUGAAGAAAUAAGGGAACUCUUUAUAGAAUUAAAUUAAGAAUUGAGAAAAACAUUUCAAUUUUCUAAAGAAAGAUUGUAACAAUUAAAUGCAAAGCAAUUGAAUUAAGCUUUAGAUUAAAUAAUUUAGUUUGAUGAAAUUAAAAUAGAUUUAUUACAAGAACUAGAGACAUGUUCUGAUAAUAUGGUCAAUUAAUUAAAAAUACUAAUUAAAGAUUUGAAACUAAAGCAAUAACAUAAUAGUUAAUAAAAUAAAUAAGAACAAGAACAAGAAAAAUAAAAAGUAGAAGAAUUAUAUAAAUAAGGUAUUGAUAUGAUUUAUUUAGGUUAUAAAUUAUAUUGGGAUAGUAAAUAUAAAGAAGCAAUAAAACUCUUCGAUGCUGCAUUAUUCAUAAAUACAAAACAUUUAGAUUCAUUAAAUUAUAAAGGUAUUAAAAUUAUAGAUAAAUGUAUUAGCCAGAAGUUUAUAUUAUUUAGAUAAUUAUAAUGAUGCGAUUAUAUGGGCUGAUAAAGCUUUGUCUAUUGAUUCAAAACAUAUCGAUUCAUUAAAUUAUAAAGGUAUAAAAAUUAUAGAUAAAUGUAUUAGCCUAGUGUUUAUUUUAUUUAAGUAAUUAUAAUGAUGCGAUUAUAUGGGCUGAUAAAGCUUUGUCUAUUGAUUCAAAGCAUAUCGAUUCAUUAUAUUAUAAAGGUAUUAAAAUUAUAGAUAAAUGUAUUAGCCAGAAGUUUAUAUAAUUUAGGUAAUUGUAAUGAUGCAAUUAUAUGGGCUGAUAAAGCUUUGUCUAUUGAUUCAAAACAUCUCAAUUCAUUAUAAACAAAAUGUAAUUAUUCAUUUCUAAUAUGGGUUAAUCAUUACACGAAAUGGGUAAAUAUGAGUAAGCUCUUUAGAUUAUUGACCAAGCAUUGAAUUGUAAACCAAAUAAUUGUUACUCUUUAUACUUAAGAGGUUUUUUAUAUUUAUAUUUAUAUAGGUAAAUGCUUACAAUCAUUAUAAAGAUAUUCAGAAGCAAUUAUUUAUUAUGAAAAGUCUAUUUAAAUCGAUCCAAAUUUUUCACCAUCCAAAAAUGGCAAAGGUAUUUUUAUUAAUUUAUAUCUCUAGCUAAAUGUGAAAAAUUAAUUAAUAAAUAAUAAUGA